CCUACAUACAUGGCCACUUCUUAUAAACCAUUCAUAUCGAAUUGCUUCAUUCAGAGAAGACCCUCCCAUGUCUCACAAAAAUCUCAUCACUUCAACCUUCCACCCUUCCCUGCCUUCAAGCCACUCAAGAAAAUUCUGCCUGGACUCCCUUUACUAAUUGAUGUUCAAAAGACUAUGACAGACGCUGCAGCUAAAUUGCUUGAAGCUUUUGUAGAUUCAUUCUUUGAAUUUGUUGAUCAGCCACUGCUUCCAUCUCAGAGUAACUUUGCUCCGGUGGAGGAGUUGGGUGAAGCCAUACUUGUUACCAGCAUCCAAGGAUCAAUUCCUGAUGAUUUUCCAGAGGGUGUUUACAUUAGAAAUGGACCAAAUCCAGUUUUUGGAGGAUUAAAAUCAACAAAUUCUAUCUUUGGGAGGUCAAGUCACAUUUGGGUGGAAGGAGAGGGGAUGCUCCACGCAAUUUACUUUAAAAGGUCAAGUCAAGGGAGCUGGAAGGUUCUUUACAACAACAAGCACGUUGAAACCGAUACAUACAAGAUAGAAAAGCAACUCAGCAAACCAUCGUUUCUACCGGCCAUUGAAGGCGAUUCACUCGCCAUUUUGUCUGCUUAUCUGCUAAACUGGUUGCGAUUUGGCAAAGUAAACAAGUAUAUCAGCAACACCAAUGUGUUUGAGCAUUCUGGGAAGUUUUACUCGGUUGCCGAAAAUCACAUUCCACAAGAGAUUGAUAUCUUCACACUAAAAACUGUAAGAAAUUGGAAUGUCAAUGAAGCCUGGGAUCGUCCUUUUACCAGUCAUCCAAAGAAGGCUCCAGGUACGGGUGAGCUAGUAACGUUAGGGGUUUCACCAACCAAACCUUUUGCCGUUGCUGGAAUUAUUUCUGCUGAUGGAGAGAAAUUGGUUCAAAAAGUUGACCUCCAACUAAAUAGGUGCACUCUUUGUCAUGAAAUUGGUGUUACAAAGAGGUACAUUGUGAUCAUGGAUUUUCCUCUAACCGUUGAUCUAAACAGACUUCUUAGAGGAGGCCAAUUAAUAAAGUAUAAUAAGGAGGAAUACGCAAGGAUUGGGAUACUGCCACGCUAUGGUGAUGCCAACUCAAUCAAAUGGUUUGAGGUGGAACCUAAUUGCACUUUCCACAUUAUCAACUCUUAUGAGGAGGGACACGAGGUUGUAGUGAGGGGUUGCUCAUCUCUGGAUUCGCUAAUUCCUGGACCUAACCUAAGUUUGAAGGAAUACGAGGGGUUAUCACGCUGUCACGAGUGGCGAUUGAAUAUGCACUCAGGAGAAGUUAAGGAGAAAGAUAUCUGUGGAGGCAAAGUAGUUUAUAUGGAUUUUCCUGUGAUCAAUGGAAACUUCAUAGGAAUGAGGAAUAGAUAUGCAUAUACCCAAUUAGUCGAUCCAAUUGCAAGCUCUAAUCAAGGAGCGCCAAAAUAUGGAGGUUUAGCAAAGCUCUACUUUGAAGAAUCAUGCAAGGGAGACAAAGAGAAAGCAGAAGAGGCUGUAAGAGUGGAGUACCAUAUGUUUGAGAAGAAGACAUUUUGCAGUGGGGCUGCCUUUGUCCCCAUAGAAGGGGGUCUUGAAGAAGAUGACGGUUGGAUCAUAGCUUUUGUUCACAAUGAAGAUACUAACAUAUCUGAAGUUCAUAUAAUCGACGCAAAGAAGUUUUCUGGUGAAGUGGUUACUAAAAUUACAAUGCCUCGCAGAGUACCAUAUGGGUUUCAUGGAGCUUUCAUGCAAAUUUCUUUUCAGGCACAGGAGCACAACAGUGUUUAUCACCAACAAACGCCUUAAAAAACUUGUAUGGCUGGGUACAUACAGGUUAUUGUGCAGAAAUGAUGUGUGCAUAUUAAUUGUUAAAAUCAAAUU